UGGUAGCCCUGGGUGACGUACCUGAUGGAACGGUAGUAACAGUCAUGGCUGGAAACGAUGAGAACUAUUCUGCAGAGCUCAGAAAUGCCUCCGCCAUCAUGAAGAAUCAAGUGGCAAGAUUUAAUGAUCUCAGAUUUGUCGGGCGAAGCGGCAGAGGGAAAAGCUUUACGCUGACCAUCACCGUGUUCACAAACCCCACGCAAGUUGCCACCUAUCACCGAGCUAUUAAAGUGACUGUGGAUGGACCCCGGGAACCAAGAAGACACAGACAAAAACUAGAGGACCAAGCCAAAUCCUACUCUGAUCGCUACAGUGAGCUGGAUCGUCUGCGCCAGUCUAUGAGAGUCACCCCAGCAGCUCCCAACCCCCGCGGAUCCUUGAGUGCCCCAGGUCACUUCGGGUCGCAGGCUCAGACUCCGAUGCAAGGCCCGUCGGACCUGAGCCCCUUCCCGGACCCCCGCCAGUUUGACCGCUCCUUCUCCGCGCUGCCUGCCCUCACUGAAGGCAGGUUUUCGGACCCCCGGAUGCAUUACCCCGGUGCAAUGUCGGCUGCCUUCCCCUACACCGCCACACCUUCAGCCACGGGGAUUGGUGGCAUCAGCAUGGCCAGCAUGCCCACCACGACCCGCUUCCACCACACCUACCUGCCUCCGCCCUACCCCGGCUCUACCCAGAACCAAAGUGGACCUUUCCAAACCAACCCGUCUCCUUACCAUUUGUACUACGGCACCUCGUCCGGAUCGUACCAGUUCUCCAUGGUGGCAGGGGGCGAGCGCUCACCCACGAGGAUGCUCUCCUCUUGCACAAGUGCCUCAGCAGUAACAUGGCCGAGCCCGUGCCUGACAGCCCUACUCUGUAUGUUUACAUGAGAUUUUUUUUUUCUUUUUUUUUUUAAAUGUGAUGCGUUACUCUUGCCUCCUGGCCUAGACAUUAAGUUUCUUCCCCUUCCUAGUUAGUCUUCUUGAUGAUGGUGUCUAAGAAGAAUGCAUUUGGGACACUCCAGUGUGUGACGUGCACUUACAAAUGUACUAGCAUCAAAGGGACUCCAAAGCCUUUGGGAUGCGUGACAGCCAAGCUCGAGGCUCACCCUCGCCUUCGAGUGGUGUACGUGCAGCUGUGGCAAUGCUUCCUAUUUAUUUCAUGGCUCUCCCCCACAUUUUCACCCUGAGUGGAGCAAUGCAUGAUGGAUUUGUUGUUAAUCAAGAGCUGAUGGCUGUCAGCUGAUACGGAAAGUACUGCCUGAGAUUUGUGCAACCCCUCAUGUCUAACAUACCCAUCCUGUGGGGCUUAGCCUAGUGAAACAACAUUAUAUGGCCCUUCUCCCCUCAAAGUGCUUUGCACACUGCAAACGGUGAAUUAGGCCACGGUUAUCCCCAGUUGGCAGAUAGAUAAACUGAGGUAGGGAUACAGCCAGCAGCAUGGAGAGACUAGAAACAGGAGAGGCAUCCCUUAGCUGUGUAGCCUUCUCAGGUACAUUAGUCAUAAGGCGCACACACAUUUUUAGGAUUAUUAUAGCCGUGUGUGUAUUUAACAAAAUGCAUGGCUAAUGAUAAGCAACUGCCUGUCCAGUUAAUCAGAGAGCUUCGCAAACUUAGGUUGUUCUCUCUCUCCCCCUCGACAUAGGAUAUUCAUGGACUCAGAAAAUGAGGGUUGGAAAGGACCCCAGGAGGUCACAUCCAGUCCAACCCCCUGCUCAGAGCAGAACCAGCCCCAACUAGAUCA